AGGUUAACAUGCACAUUAAAGGUUCGUGCUUGGACGAAGAUAACGAUGGGACUUGCGUGACAUUUCACUUAUCAAAGAUAGAUUUUCAAAAACCCAAGGGUUCGAUCGUAAGACCACUGGAAAAUGAACUACCAAAGAUGUUAAAAGUCGGGGCUACAUAUAUCUAUCGUAUAGGGGAUAACGUAAUCAUAAGAGAGUAUUCGGCGCAACAACAUGCUAAUACUAUGGUCAUGGUACCAUCCAUUCAACCUGGAGACUUUGGUAUCAUGACAUCGAGGGAGUUCGACUAUUUGAUCGAAUGCUUUUUCGAAACGGGAGGCCUGCGUUCGUUAAUAUAUUACUUGGACGUGACCAAAACACCAGAUGACCAACACUUGAAGUCGUUCGAAUUUAUACCAGAUCGAUUCUACCAUUUGGGACUAGGUUACGAAUUUAGAGUCUUCGCUGAAGAAAAGUUGCUAUCAGUUACAUCCACAGAAUACGACAGACCUAACAGUACAAGAACUCUGAAAUGGCACGUGACAUUCUCAUUCGCAGAUGUUAUGGACAUGCUAAAGGAUAUUCGACUAUUGAUCCCUCGGUUACCUUUAGAGGAACGUAAUUGCCUUGCCCAUUUUCCGCUGGAUCAUAUGAACCAAGAAGGAAUGAUGAGUUGUCUUGUCUGUCAAUAUUUUAAUGAUGACUAUGACCUAUACUGACAUUGAUUGAUUUCAUUCCGCCAUGUUUGUAUAUUAUAAUAUGGAUUUUUACUUUUAAUAAACAUCUAAUUUUUCGUACAAAGUACAUAUUACAUUGUUUGUUCGUUAGUUAAGCUUAUUAAUACACCGUCCAUUUACAUUUAUUAGUAUACAGAAAGUCCAUACAACAAGCUCGUACCGACUCUUCUAUCGUAAUCUUAUUAGUCAAAUUCUCAUCUACCCUACAGGCUGAUCAUCACCAGACCAUUUCAAAAAAUCACUUAUCGGAUUAAAGGAUUAUCACAAAAAAAAUUCUACAUCCUUCAUCGGAUUAAAAGAUUAUCGGUACGCCGAUUCUGUCUUUAAACCCAUUAGGGACAAUCUCAGACACAAUAGGGAUAAGCGAUAAUCUGUCGCUAGUUCGGUCCUAGACAGACAAUAGGGAUUAGAGAUAAGCCAUCUAUAAGCCUAUAAGCCGAUUAGUGGGGACAUCUCAGAGAUAAUC